UUUUUUUUUUUUCAGAUUUUGAAAAUUUAACCUUUUUUUUAUAUGAAUCAUAUUAUAUUUUAGCAUAAAAAUGUUUGUAAAUAUGUGUAUUUUGACUUUGAACAUGUACACCUUUUGGUGAUUAUUUACAAAUUAUCGAAAUUUAUCAAUGUUUACACCUUGGAUACGAUAUUACCUAUCUAACAAAACUAGGACCACGAUACAUCAAAAGAAAGGUCACGAUCCGAUUUAUAUGUUUAUCUGGGGUUCAAACUAAUGGAUUUAUAUGUUUUUUUGUAAUUCGUAUUUUUCCGAGCUAUAUAAUCUACGGAAACUUCCUUAUAUGGCACAUCGGCAAAACUCGGAAAAAAUCGACUAAUCAGAAUGUGCCGUUUCAUCCGGAAAAGGCGUUUCAAAAUGGCCGACAGCGUAAACACAUUCUUGUAGUGAAAGUCACUGAAAGCCUUGCACAAGACAGUUUCAGUUGUUUGAUAUUUGUAAACACCAAAGAAAAUAUCUUUUACAUUAAAAUGCCUCGACCAAAGGGACGAAGAAUGCUAGAGAAGCUCAAUAAAGCAAGAAAUGUUAUGCUAUCUGACAAGCUGCGUGGAAAUUCCUCUAGGUCUAGGUCUAGUUUAGAUCCAGCAUCAGAAGGACAACGUGGUGCAUCCAGAUCGAAAUUAGACCGUCUUUCAAUAAAUACUGAUGUUCCAAGUGAUCUAGAUCUACAAGAAACAGAGCAAUUAUGGACUAUUGCUAAUACUAAUCAGCUUACUGAUUUGAUGUCGGAUGCAUUAUGCCCUAAUUGUUUUCAGUCAAGUUUGACUAUUAGAGUUAUAAAAGAUGAAAACAUGGGGUUCGCAUCAAAGUUGAAGUUAUGUUGUAGAUCUAGUAGUUGUGGAUAUACUAAAUCAAAGUUUUCAUCUCCAAGAAUACAAAAAAGUAACUGUUCAAAUGUUGCAUUUGAAAUAAACACCAAGAUGGUUUUAUACAGCCAUGAGAUAGGAAAGGGUUUCACUUCGCUGCAGACAUUUAGCAGCGUCCUAGGAAUUUCUGGAAUCAGCCAGAGAGCCUUUAAAGACCAUGAUAAUAAAAUCACAGACUGUGAAGUGGAAUCUGGGGAAGACAUGCUCUACCGCACAGCCAACGCCAUACGUCAAGCUUAUGCAGAGACGGAUGAUGACAUUAGGGAAGCCAUUGAACGAGGAGAAAACCCUUUGAUUGACAUUUCAGUCAGUUAUGAUGGGACCUGGCAAAAGCGAGGCUUUACAUCGCUUUAUGGUGUAGGUGUCUGCAUCGAUUUACUAACAGGUCUUGUUGUCGACUUCGAUAUUAGAUCUAAGUACUGCCAUGCAUGCCACAUACAGAAAGCUGAGAGCAUGAAUGCAACUGACCUCGCAGUUUGGAAAGAACAGCAUGAUUGCUGUACUAAUCACCACAAAUCCAGCAAGUCUAUGGAACAGGACAGUGCUGUAAUUCUGUGGAAUCGUUCUGUGGCAAAAUAUAAUUUUAGAUAUGUGGAGAUGCUGAGUGAUGGAGAUUCUUCUGCUUUUAAAGCUGUGCUUGAGUCUAAGCCAUAUGCUGAUAAAGCUGUUACUAAACUUGACUGUAUCAAUCAUGCCCAUAAACGUAUGGGGACAGCGCUUCGAAAACUUGCCAAAGAAAGCCAUCUUGGUGGCAGAGGAGUUGGCAGGUUAACAGAAAAAAAAUGUGACAGUUUGCAAAAUUUUUAUCGUGGUGCUAUAAUAGACAAUAUUCCAGAUGUGUCCAAAAUGAGGAAUGCUGUUUGGGCAGGAUUAUACCACUCCAUGUCUACAGAUACUGAACACCAUCAUCGACAAUGUCCAUUAGGAGAAAAUAGUUGGUGCUGGUACCAACAAGCUGUUUCGUUGGGACAAGACCCUGACAGCCACUCUAAUCAUAAGGCAUCAACAUUUUUGUCUCUAGAGGUGGCUCACAAGCUAAUUCCAAUUUAUCGAAGAAUGUCAGAUGAGUCCUUGCUUCAACGAAUGGCUCAUGGUGGUACUCAAAACAACAACGAAAGCCUUAAUGCUAUGAUUUGGACGAGAUGUCCUAAAACAAGUUUCAUGGGACUUGGCAGAGUGAAAGGCAGUGUUGCUAGAGCUGUGUCAAUAUUUAAUGCUGGCGCCAAUGAAUUAAUUAACGUGAUGAAUAAGAUGCAUAUUGAUGUUUCUUAUGUAACAUUAAAUAAUUUAAAAAAGGUCAAUGAUAAAAGAAUUAUUCAGUCUGACACUACUAGCCAAGAGGAUUAUAGAAAAAGAAGAAAGACUGUUUCUUUAACACGGUUUGAAAAAGUCAGAGAGGAAUUGGCCAAAGAUGGGAAUGUAUAUGGUGCUGGUGCUCAUUAGCAAUACUACUGUCAAUAUUUU